AUGGAAGGACCACGAAAGUUAAUAUCGUCUGACGCCCAAUACAACUUGGCUGCCUUUGAGCCCUCGAGCGCGAGUGACCGCACAAAGGAGGUCAACCAAUAUCUCAUUUCGGUCAGCCAAAGAGACCGGAAAUGGUGGGAGGUUGGAGCGCAGGAAUAUCGCGCCAUGCGAGAGGCUGGAAAGACGGUUUUUCCACCAUAUACCUUGCUUCCGCAUGCCAGUCAAAUCGACAUUCCAUCCAGAGAGAUUGGCAGGUCCAUUUCCUGUAGAAUCAUCAAGUCUAAGAACAUCGACCACCGCCCUGGCAUUUUUCUACAUAUCCAUGGGGGCGGUUGGGUCCUGGGGACUGCUAAAGGGCAGGACCCCCUUCUAAGUUAUAUUUCAGAUAGCACUGGUCUGACAGUGUUCUCUGUUGAAUAUCGACUUGCACCAGAGCACAGAUAUCCUGCUGCCCUUCAUGACUGCGAGGAUGUCGCUGGUUGGCUUUCUCUGAAUUCUCAGGCGACUCUAAAUGCGGAGCUGUGGUUCUUGGGUGGAGAGUCCGCAGGAGCGACAUUGUCUUCGCUAGCUCUACUACACCUAAGGAAAAUUGGAAGAGCAUCACUUAUCAAGGGCAUAAUAUUGAGCUAUGGGUGCUUCGACUUAUCCAUCCUCCCUUCAUUGAAACUUGCCCCAAAAGCGUCCCCAGUCUUUGGACUCGAAGACGCGGAACAUUUCUACAGCACAUAUCUUGCCGACACCACUCUGUCCAUCGAGGACCGCAAAUGUGGACAGGUCUCACCAAUGUACAAUGAUCUGUCUGGGUUGUGUCCAGCUCUCUUCCUGGUUGGAACCGAGGAUCCUCUUGUCGAUGAUUCUGUGUUAAUGCAUUUUCGAUGGCUGCGUGCUGGGAACCAGGCGAUUCUCGUUUUUGUACCUGGAGGUGUACACGGUUUUACCCUUCUCGACGCAUCUACUGUCGAAAUAGCCACCAUGGGAAUAAACUAUAUUAGGGAGUUUAUCCAUGGCAUUCUUUAA